UCUCUCUCUCUCUCUAUCUCGCUCUCUGUGCGUUGAGUCACGCAGCUGUCAAAGAUAGCUGUCACCCACUUCCACGAUCAAACACGCAGUCAAUGAGGAAAAAGGCGCUUUGAGUCGCAGAGAUCUCAGGUGACCCCCCCCCCCCCCUCUCUCCACCACCUCCACCUCAAACAACACCUCCUUCCUCCUCAAGUCUGCAAACAGGAGAAGAGAGAGCGGAGGAAACACACGGGGAGAAGAAAAAAAAAGAAAAGAAAGGAAGAAAGAAAGAAAGAAGAGGAGUUUUUCAUGAAUACGGAUUUUUUCUCGGGAUACGCGCCGUGGGGAGAUUUAUUCGGAGACAACAGGACAAACACGGGAGACUGUUUUCUUCUGCGCUUGAGGACAAAAGUGGACAUGAAGACGAAAAAGGGUUUGGUGAUGCUGUCGGGGAGCGAGACGGACGACGAGGACAGCGUGGACGCCCCCCUGGACCUGUCGUCCAGCACGGGGGGCAGCGGGAAGAGGAAGCGACGAGGCAAUCUGCCCAAGGAGUCGGUGCAGAUCCUCAGGGACUGGCUGUAUGAGCACCGCUACAACGCUUACCCCUCGGAGCUGGAGAAAGCCCUCCUGUCCAAGCAGACUCAACUCUCCACACUGCAGGUGUGCAACUGGUUCAUUAACGCUCGGCGGCGACUUCUCCCAGAGAUGCUGAGGAAAGACGGCAAAGAUCCAAACCAGUUUACCAUAUCGAGAAAAGGCAGCAAGGCCGGCGACAGCUUCUCCGACAGCUCCCAGUCCCCGAAGCACGGCAGCCCCGCGGCCGCCAUGGACGAGGGCUACGACAAACGCGCCCUCCACCCCUCCAGCUUCGAACAGGCCAUGCCCGGCGUCCUGAGGAAGGCGGCGUCCCCCUCCAUGCCCUCUCCCACCUCCUCGUGCCCCUCUCCGGGGCUCGUGCCCACCCGCCCCUCCGUCAUCUGUCACACCACUGUCAGCGCGGCGAUGCAGGCGAGCCCGACGAGCCCGACGGCCUCCCAGCCCUCGGUGCCCGGAAUGAACUGCGACAGGGCGGCGGAGCUUCUGCAGUCGGCCCAGGCGCUGCUCAGGUGCCAGGAUGAGGGGCUGGGCAGCCAGCCACACACCACCACCACCACCACCAUCCUCAGCAGCAGCAGCAUGGAGGGCAACCUGAGCCCCCGCAGCGGGCUCUUCAACACCCCGCCCCCCACCCCUCCAGACCUCACACAAGACUUCAGCGGCUUCCAGCUCCUGGUGGACGUGGCCCUGAAACGAGCUGCAGAGAUGGAGCUUCAAGCCAAACAGCUGGUCUCCUAAAGGGAGAGGGUGACAGAAGAGGAAGAGUGAGGAAGAAGAGGAGGAGGCGGCGACGGAGACUGACUUUUGUGUCUCCACUAUGGAACUCCUCCGAGUCCGAGUGACUCGUCUGCACGCAACACAGAACAAAUCCACAUGAAAGCCUGAUCAUUUCUAUUUUUGGUAUACCAAUCAAAUUGAUGAGGAUUGUUUUUUUUAUUGAAAAAAGAAACCAACUGUAUUGAGGUGCCUUGGCUGUACGUCGUUUAUUCAUUUCAUAUACAUGUGUGUAUGUAUCUACAUGUGUAUCUUAUUUGCACACAGGGACCAAAAAUGUUAGCAGAGAAAAAUGCUGCCUGUCUUAUGUCUUUUUCCAUGAUACUGUAUAUCAUCGUAGAGAGAGCUAUAGAAUCACGACCCCCCCCCCUCCUCGUUUCACGGGCCAAUCGGAAGGAUUGGUCGCAUCCAGACACGUUUUUCUUUUGACUGUUUUCACAUUUCAGAGAUCAGUUUCUCGAUUGGUCUGCCUCAUUCGUUUGCACACUAAAGGCAGAGGAAGGUCAUCUCAGUGUCUUAAACAUACUUUUGCUCUUGGCAUCUAGGACAAACGUAUUCACUACUGUAGUAAAUGUUAUGUGUUUUCAUGAGUUUAGUUUUGAUUUUGUAAUUUUUUACUUUUAGCUACUUUUAAAAGGAAAAAGAAACGUCAAUGCUCUUUUCUUUUCUUUUUUUUUUACUCUUUAUUUCCACCGAGGGAUGUUUCAGAUGACCAGUGUAGCAGGUUCAUAGUCUGAACCUUCAUCCCAUCACUCAGCGAAAAACGACGGCCAGUGGACUGAUGAAUUUAAAACACUACAGAUGUCUUUUCUGCAUUUGCUGUUUGACAACCGGACAAAGGCAGCAUCUUUUUUGAAAUCACCAAAAACAACCAUUUUCAUGUAUAAUAGGACCAUUUGUAUAGUUAAUGUGACACGAUGCCCAAUGAUGUGAUUUCUUUUCAUACUGUGCAAUGUUUGUGGCAAGUAGGGGUCACAUGGGAUUCAAAUAAAGUUUUGUUUUUCUACA